CCGGGAAACCGCCAGAGGUGUUCGUGGUAGGGUUUAAUAGAGCGUCCUGUCGUCCUCUCCGAAGCCGUAUACUCUCCACGAAAGAGGCCGCGACGGCGAUGGCGCUCGCGGUCGAACGGGAAUUCAUCGGCGCCGGCUGCAACCGCAUCGUGAACAAUGUCUCCUGGGGCCUUUCGGGCUUGGUGGCCUUCGGCGCCCAGAACGCCGUCGCUAUCUUCUGCCCGCAGACUGCUCAGAUAUUGACUACGCUUCCUGGGCACAAGGCCGUCGUUAACUGUACUCAGUGGCUUCCUUCUAGCAAAGAUGCUUUCAAAGUUCAACAUGCCGAGGUGCAUUAUCUUCUGUCAGGAAGUUCUGAUGGUGUCCUCAUUGUAUGGGAAAUGGACCUCAAGAAAAGAGAGUGGAGAAGUAUUUUACAAGUAUCAGACGUGCAUAAGAAAGGUGUUACAUGUCUAAGUGGCCUGAUAAUUUCCCAUACUACAGCAAUGUUUGCUUCUGCUUCUUCUGAUGGCCUUGUUGUUAUAUGGGAAUUGGUUCUUCCAUAUGCUACUUUGCGAGAUUGCAAAAUUUCUUGCUUGGAGUCUCUCUCUGUGGGUUCAAAGCCUAUGGUUGCACUGUCUUUAGCAGAUUUGCCAGGAGAAUCAGGGCAUGUUAUUUUAGCAAUGGGGGGCCUAGACCAAAAGAUUCACAUUUACCUUGGUGAUCAUAAAGGGAAUUUUAUUCGUGCUUGUGAGCUAAAAGGUCAUACAGAUUGGAUCAGAAGUUUGGACUUUUCUUUACCUCUUUGUUUAGAUGGUGAAAAUGAAAGCCUUCUCCUUGCAAGUUCAUCUCAGGACAGAAGCAUACGCAUAUGGAAGAUGGUUAUGCAUCUUUCUUCAUCUAAUUCUCAGGUGCCGUACAAGAAGGACGAAGGAAUUGGCUUGACAUCAUACAUUGAAGGCCCUUUGUUUUUGGCUGGUUCUACUGGUUAUCAGGUUUCUUUGGAAUCUUUGCUUGUUGGGCAUGAAGAUUGGGUAUACUCUGUUGAGUGGCAGUCUCCAUUUAUUAAUGGAAGUAAAGCUCACCAACCAAUGAGCAUCUUGUCAGCAUCUAUGGACAAGACAAUGAUGAUAUGGAGACCUGAGAAAAACACUGGUAUCUGGGUAAAUGUGGUGACUGUUGGUGAGUUAAGUCACUCUGCCUUGGGCUUUUAUGGCGGUCACUGGGCACCAGAUGGUGGGUCAAUUCUUGCUCAUGGAUAUGGUGGAUCUUUUCAUUUAUGGAGAAACACUGGCAUGGAUUUUGAAAAUUGGCAGCCACAAAAGGUCCCCUCUGGUCAUUUUGCCUCUGUAUCAGACAUUGCAUGGGCCAGGAAUGGUGAAUAUUUACUAUCUGUUAGCCAUGACCAAACUACUCGGGUUUUUGCUCCAUGGCAUAGUGAAGGUGAUAGGACUCCUUGGCAUGAAAUCGCUCGUCCACAAGUUCAUGGUCACGAUAUUAAUUGUGUCGCCAUCAUACAAGGGACUGGAAAUCAUCGGUUUGUUAGUGGCGCUGAUGAAAAAGUUGCUAGAGUUUUUGAGUCUCCUUUAUCAUUUUUGAAGACUCUUAUGCAUGCAGUCCAAAAAUCUGUCUGCUUUGAGGAUAUUAAUGAAGAUGUACAGAUCUUGGGGGCUAACAUGUCUGCUCUUGGAUUAUCACAGAAGCCCAUUUAUAUGCAUGCUAACACUGACACUCCAAGCAGGCUUCAGAGUGAUGCUUCCGACUCUCUGGAAACAGUUCCUGAUGCUGUGCCCACUGUUUUUACAGAACCUCCCGUUGAGGAGCAACUAUCAUGGCAUACAUUGUGGCCCGAGUCUCACAAACUUUAUGGUCAUGGAAAUGAAUUGUUCUCUCUUUGCUGUGACCAUGAGGGAAAGCUGGUUGCUUCUUCAUGCAAGGCGCAGUCAGCAACUGUAGCAGAAAUAUGGCUAUGGCAGGUUGGAUCUUGGAAACCAGUUGGUCGCUUACAAUCCCACAACUUAACAGUUACACAGCUGGAAUUCUCUCACGAUGAUGCAUUUCUUUUGUCUGUUUCAAGGGAUCGACAUUUUUCCAUCUUCUCAAUUGGAAAAUCCAGGGACACCAGUCAUCAUCUGAUCGCCAAGCAGGAGGCACACAAAAGAAUAAUAUGGGCGUGUGCAUGGAACCCAUUCGGCCAUGAAUUUGCAACAGGGUCAAGGGAUAAGACUGUCAAAAUCUGGGCUGUUGACGGUUCCUCUUCUGUCAAGCAGCUUUCUAUCUUGCCCCAGUUCCAUGAUAGUGUUACAGCUUUAGCUUGGGUGGGCCGUGAACGCUCCAUUAACUCUGGAAUUCUUGCUGUUGGCAUGGAUGAUGGUCUCAUCGAACUUUGGAGUGUCUCCGCUGGAAAAACUGCCGCUGGUCAUGACUCAGAGCCAUCAGCAUUUAGUGCUGUUCUUUCGAUUCGAUUUGAUCCUGUCCUGUGCCAUGUUUCGACGGUGCUCCGUUUAGCUUGGAGGGAGCGAUGCGCUGGUGAUUCAAGGGCCACGGAACUUGCAUCUUGCGGAGCGGAUCAAAGUGUUAGGGUGUUCAAGGUCUGCGAUUAUUGAAGAUGCUUGUCAGGUGUACUAACCCCAAUGUUAAACAGAGUCAUUUCUCAUUCUGAUCUGAAGGGAAAUACAGCCCCACUUUGCUGGAUCAGAUAGGGUUUCAUGAAAUGGGUUUCCAGCUAGUAUGAUUUUGCCGAUGGUGGCUAUGUAUCAUGUAUUGUUAUCAUGUUAUUGGUUGUGCACCCAAAAAUGGCAGCAAGAAUGUUAAUUUACCUCCUGUAACCAAAAAAUUUGUGGGUUCUGUUGAGACUACUAUGUGUUGUAUUAGCCUUUUUUCUUUUCUUUCAUGAAUCAAAAGGUUCAUCGUUAUGGACA